AUGCCGUUUGGCGAAAUCGUUUGCGGUUCUCCAGGCAGCGGCAAAUCCACAUAUUGCUAUGGAAAAUACCAGCUUUUCACAGCCCUCAAGCGGCCGAUCUCAGUCGUAAACCUAGACCCAGCAAACGACAGCAUUCCAUACCCAUGCGCCAUCGAUAUUUCGUCUUUAAUCACCCUUCAGGACGUUAUGGAAACCCACGGUCUAGGACCCAACGGGGGCAUGCUAUACUGCAUGGAAUAUCUGGAAGAAAACUUCGACUGGCUCGAGGAGCGGUUGAAAGAACUGGGGAACGAUGCCUAUGUUUUAUUUGACCUCCCGGGACAGGUCGAGUUGAGUACGAACCACGAGAGCAUCAAGAAGAUUGUAGACAAACUGGGCAAGGCUGGGUUCAGGUUGGCAACAGUUCAUCUCUGCGAUGCACACUACAUAACAGAUGCAUCCAAGUAUGUCUCGAUGCUCUUGUUGUCGUUGAGAGCGAUGUUGCACUUGGAACUGCCCCAUAUCAACGUUCUAUCGAAGAUAGACUUGUUGUCGCAGUACGGCGAACUCGAUUUUAAUCUGGACUUUUACACCGAAGUCCAAGAUCUAACCUACUUGGAGAACGCUUUGAACGCAUCACUACCUCCCAAGUAUGCAGCACUCAACAUGGCCAUGAUCUCUCUGGUCGAGGACUUCAGCUUGGUGGGAUUCGAAACCCUCGCAGUGGAAGACAAGAACUCGAUGAUGCAUCUCACGCGAGCCAUCGACCGUGCAACUGGCUACAUCUUCGUCCCACCUGCGGACGCACCCGCGCCACCCGACACCAUUGACCGCUCCGACGCUGCGCCCUCAGCCCGGCCAAACAUGUUCAGCCUCUUCUCGACCGCUGCUGGUCCCCUCAAAGACCCCGGUGGGGAUGUUAGGGAGGUACAGGAAAGGUGGAUCGACUACAGGGAUAUUUAUGAUGCACACGAGAAGAAGAUGUGGAGGAAGGAGGGAGAGAUGGUGCGCGACGAAGCUGCGAACUUGAAGGCGGGUAGUAAAGUCAGGGAGCGGAAACCGUAG